GGCUUCGACGGAGGAAUGAGCAAGGCAAGCGACAGAUUCAACAUCAAUUCUCAGCUAGAGCAUCUUCAAACUAAAUAUGUUGGAACAGGGCAUGCGGACUUAAAUAGAUUUGAAUGGGGUGUGAAUAUCCAACGCGACAGUUAUGCAUCAUACAUUGGCCACUACCCUAUCUUGGCCUAUUUUUCUGUUGCUGAAAAUGAAUCCAUUGGAAGACAACGCUACAAUUUUAUGCAAGUGAGGCUAGAUCCUGCUUCUUCAUCUAUUAUUUAUAUUAAUAGUCAGCUACCCAUUUAAGUUCAAUAGAAGUUAGUUAUGCAUCAUAAAU